AUGGCGCAAUCAGUUACAAAGCAAAUAGAUAAAUAAAUUAAUAAUCCUCUCAAAACUAGCUACAUCGGGAAUGUAGAAUUUAAGGAUUACAGUAAAUUAUAAGAACAGGAGCUUAAAAAGAUUAGAAUAUAAUAAGUAAGAUAGUAGGAAGCAGAGAAGACUAGAAAGAAUCUUAAAACAAAAAAGGAGUUGGAAGAACAAUAAAAAUAAGAAGAAUAUAUGAAUUAGCAAUUCUUAAUAUACUAAUAGAAAUUGUAAUUAUAGUAAAAACUUUUAGAGGAAGCAGAAAAGCAAAAAAAGGAAAUAGGGGAAAGUCAUAGAUAGGCAUUAGAAGCAGAGAAACAAAGAUUGAAAGAUAUAGAAGAAUAAAAGUUGAGAGAAGAAUAAUUUUAAAAAAAUUAGAAAAUCAGAACAUAAUAGGCUGCUGAUUGGGCAAAAAAAGAGUAAGAAAAAUUAGACUAUAAGAAAUCAUUCAAUAAAUAGAGGAUUGAAAUGCUUGAAGAAAUUUAAGAAAAAGAAAGAUAAGAAGCAUAAAAUUACUAAAACUACAUUAAUAAUUUACCUGAACCAGUCCAAGAAGAUCCUUUACAAUAUGAUGCUUACGAAAAGCAGGAUAACAAAAAAUCUUACUACAACAAUAUUGACUUUACUAAAACUUAUUUUCAUAACCCUGUAGUUAUUAAGCAUGAGGACGACAAUCUUAUUGAAAAUGCUCUUGAAAAUGCUAAAAAAGAAUAUGAAAAAACAUAAAUCAAGAAUUUGGAAUUAUUGCAAACUAAAAAGCUUCGUAAAUAAGAAGAGGAAGAGAGAGGAAGAGCAGCUUUGAAGAUGACCUAAAAUGAGAGAGUUCUUAGAGAAUUUAGUUAAGAAAUGGAUAAGAAAAAGGCAGAGCUAGAAUAAGAUCGUAUUAAAUAAACAGCUAAUAAUCCUAAUCAUAGCGAGAAGCCUGUCACUCAUUUCUAAAAAGACAUUUAGAAAAAGGCUGUAGUUGAAAAGGCAUUUGAAAAGGAAUUUUUUGGAGAAAGAGCUGAAUGGACACAUGAAGAAAUCAAUGAUAAAGAAAGAGAUAUUCAUGCUAAGAAAUAAAGCACCACUUUAAAAAAAUCUUAAUCUUUGCAAAAUGUUGACCCAAAAGAAUUUGAAAAAAGAGCAGUUGAGAAUGCCUAAAAAAAAUCUAAAAAUGUUAAAAUAUUUAGAAAGCCUCCCUUGGACACUAAUGUCUUUUAAGACAAAUCUAAGAAUAAAAAGAAUGCUUCAAAUUCGUAAGAGCAAAGAGAAGAUGAGUAAGAUAAGUAACAUGAGAAAAAUCAAACUGAAGAAAGUUAAAAGAACUUGCAGCAAUCUGCUGGUAAAAAUUCUAGUAUUUCCAACAACUUGGCUAGAUCAAUGAGUGACCAAAACAAAGAAUAAAUUGAUCCUAAUAUUCUUACUUAAUCUCAAAAUUAAGAUAAUAAAUUCAGAAACAGCUACGAUAGCUAUGAUAUGAGUGAUAGAAAAGUAUCAUAAGUAACAAGCGAUAGAAAAAAGAAGAUUAGAUUUGUUUCUCCCUAAAAAAGUAAUUCGGACUCAGAUUUUACAGAUGAAGAAAACACUUUUGGUCAAAGAAGUGGAAGUAAAGACAACAAUGUGAGAUAUAAUAAUUUUGUAAAUAAAUAAAAUGAUUAAAAUAAUACAUUCUCUCCUUACAAUAGUAAUGGGUUUUCUGAAAAAGAUUAAUAAUCACUAAAAAAUUCAAGUUAAUAAAAAUCUCUCUAAUUCAAUAAACAAGGAAGUAAUUUCAACAAUACAGGUGCCUACACAGCUUCUGGCAGCAACUAAUCUUCUUAAAAAGAAUAAAACUUAAAUAGAAACGAUAUAAAGCAAUAUAUUUUAGAAUAAGAAUAAUAUUUGAAGAAAUUAGAAGAUACAAGAAAGAACAGCAGAGAAAGAAUCCGCUAAGAAGAAAAUGCUUUACUUAGCACUUUAAAUUAAGCCACUACAACCAUGGAUAAUAAGAAUAGAUAAAAUGAUUUAAUUCAACAACAAUAGCAAGCUAAAAAUUUCAAUUUAUCUUCUGUUUCAAUUCCAGAAAAGAAGGCUAUCUUUAUUGAAGAAAACUCCUCUCAUAACUCUUCAUAAAUAAUCUCCCAUAGCUAGAAUCAUUACGGUACCAAUAAUUAGUACAAUAAUUCUAAUGGGUAAAAAAGAUAAGUUGUCUAUUCUAGCAAUCCUGAAAAAACGAAAAAGGCAAAUUAAAUGCUUGAUUAAUUUUUAAACUCAAAUUCAAUUUAAAAUUAAUCUUAUAACAAUUAUGAUUCUUUUAAUCAAAGAUCUUUGAAUGAAGAUUAUGAUGAGAGGGAAAAUUUAGAUUAUGUUGAAGAUACAGUUAAGUCAUCCUUUAAGUAAACGUAUAAUAAAGAAAGUUAAAUGUCACAAGGGAAAAAUAGUUAGAAUAAAAUGAACCCAUUUAUAAAACCUGAUAAUUUUUUGGGUUCUAGCGGUUAUGAAAGUUAGAGCAGAGAUUUUUCAGAUAGUAAAAACGAUUUUACAGAAAGUAUUAAUGAUGCAAGCAAUAGCAAAAAUAUUAGAAACGAUAUAAGAAAUAAUCAUUACCAAAGUGAUUUUACUGAAAGUCAGCUUACUUCAAGCAUAAAUAACAACAAUAAUAAUUAUAACAAUGAAAGCAGUAUCAAUUAACAAUAAAUUAACUCAAGUGUAAAAAAUAGUUAUAAGGGAAGCAAAAAUUAAGAAAAUCUUUUAGCCACCUUUUCACCUUCUAAGGAUGUUUAUAAGUAAGAUUAAUAAUAUAGAAAUUAUGAAGAAGAAGAAGAAAAAGGUUACAAAUUUGGAAACACAACAGAGAGUAAAUAUAAGAAUGAUAGUUUUAAAAAAUACUCUGGCCUAAGUAAUAACAGUAAUCUUCAUAAUAAUCCUAGCAAUAUUUCUGAAAGUAGAAAAUUAGGAUUAAGCUAAAGCAAGGGUCCUAAUAAUAAUUCUAAAGACCUUAUAGAAUUAACUGACUCCCUUCUAACCUCAAAUAACUUUAACAGCAUUAAUAAGAAUAAUAGCAGUCAUUUGCGCUAAAACAAUUUUAACUCAUCAUAGAACUUUUAGAAUCACUCCUCUGAGCACUACAAUAAGCGCUCAGAGCUUUCUCCAAGUUCAGAGUUGAGUUACUCACUCUCUGAAAUAGAUAAGAGUGCUGAUAAAUUUAGAAGAGUAGAGUAUAUUCCUUAAAACUCAACUACACAAAAAAGAAACCUUUCUAACGAAAAUAACUAAUUUGAAAAUAAUUAAGAUAGCUAAAGUAGGAUUGGAACUGCAAAGUUUGGCCAGCCCUUAAUCAAUUAAAACAAAUCAGGAAUCUCACAAAAUUUAAAUUCAAGAGAUUCUCAAAAAGGUAUACAAAUGGAUAUUUAAUUCAGAGAAGAUGAAGAAGAUGAAGAAACCUACAAAUUAGAUAGCCAAAAUAAAUCUGAAAAUGCUACUAGAGGAGAAGGUUAAGCAAGCUUAGCUGAUUUAUUUAAAAAGAAGAAAGCUGACUUAGCUAAAAAAUAUGAACUUGAAUAACAGCAGCGUGCUUAAAGAUCUGAUACAUAAGAACCCAAAAAAGAGAGAACAAAAGAAGACAUAUUAAAAUAGAGAAAGGAAAUGAUGAAGCGUCCUGAUUUCCUUAAAAAUAAAAAUUCAACUUCUCAGGAAGAAAGCAGCAUUAAUGAUUAAUAUAAUUCUUAAAAAUCUGAAUAGAGAGGCUAUAUGACUAGCUUCCAUGAUCCAAGUAAAAAAGUAAAAGAGCCACCCUAAGAACUUAUGGAUAGACUAGCAAAUGGCACUAAAGUAAAGGUGGACAAGAAAGAAUAUUUGAAACUAACAAAUAAAAAUUAUGAGAUGCUCCCUGAGGUUAAAAAAAGAAAAGAAGAAGAAUAAAAGAAAGAAGAAUACAGAAGGAGAUAAGAAAGUGUAAAAAAAUUAUAGCAAAACAUUAAGGAAUCUUAAAAAUUGAAGAAAAAUUGA